CGGAGGGCCGUGAGGAUGCGCUCCACCACCGCCUUCCGGGCGGGCGGCGGCGAAAGGACGGGACCGGCGGGGGAGCGGGGCCCGGGGGAGCGGCGGGAGGAAGAGGAGGAGGAGGAGGAGGAAGAGGGGGAGGAGGAGGAGGGCCGCCCGCCGCCCCGCAGGCCCAAGGAGCCGCCGCUGGGGGCACACAAGGGCCGGGCGGGAGGCGGCGGGGCGCCGGGGGGGGCUCCCGGGCCGCCGGCCGAGAGCUGGGCCGGGCCGGUGCCGCUGGCCGGCGGCAAGCAGGCGGGCGCGGGGGAUGCCAGCGGCCGGCCGCGGUACCAGGCGGUGCUGCCCGGGCGCGGCGCGGCUCCCGCGGCCGCCAAGGAGAGCGCAGGAGCGGGGAGCGCCGAGUCGGGCCCUCCGCCGCCGCCGCCGCCUCCCGCCGAGGCCAAGUGGAGGAGCGCGGCGCGGAGGAGCGGGAUGGGCGCCGGCGGCGGCUCCCCCGGGCAGGCGGCAUGUCUGCGGCAGAUCCUGCUGCUGCAGCUGGACCUCAUCGAGCAGCAGCAGCAGCAGCUGCAGGCCAAGGAGAAGGAGAUCGAGGAGCUCAAGGCCGAGCGCGACACGCUCCUUGCGCGCAUUGAGCGCAUGGAAAGAAGAGUGCAGCUGGUGAAGAAGGACACCGAGAGAGAAAAACACAGGAUUUUCCAGGGCUUUGAGGUGGAUGAGAAGGCCGAAGCAGAGGCGUGUGAGAAACUGCCGCUGGAAUGCCCGCAGGAACUGCUGGAGCCCUCGCAAACCCUGCAGCCCAAGCACUUCCCCUACGGCAGGAAUGGGAAGGGGCAUAAAAGGAAGCCGGCGUUUGGGAGCGCAGAGAGGAAAACGCCCGUUAAGAAAUUGGUGUCUGAGUUCUCGAAGGUGAAGGGUAAAACUCUGAAGCACUCUCCGGUGAAAGAGGAGUCGAGUGGUUCUUUGUCUGAAACUGUUUGCAAACGAGAACUGCGGAGCCAAGAGACUCCAGAAAAAAACAGGUCGCUGCUGGAGACCCCGCUCAGACCCUCCGCCCCGCUGAAGGGCCCCAGCAGCCACCCCAAGGAAAAGGGCUUCUUCAGCGAGAUUGACGAUCUGCCCUACCUUUCCACCACGGAAAUGUACUUGUGUCGCUGGCAUCAGCCCCCCCCAUCACCGUUGCCGUUACGAGAGCCCUCCCCAAAGAAGGAGGAGACUGUAGCAAUUCCAUCUUGGAGGGACCAUGUUGUGGAGCCCCUGCGAGACCCCAACCCCUCAGACAUCCUGGAGAACCUCGAUGACAGCGUGUUUUCCAAACGGCAUGCAAAACUGGAGUUGGAUGAAAAACGAAGGAAAAGAUGGGACAUCCAAAGGAUCAGGGAACAAAGAAUUUUACAGCGACUGCAGCUCAGAAUGUAUAAAAGGAAAGGAAUUCAGGAGUCGGAGCCUGAAGUUACCUCAUUUUUCCCUGAGCCGGAUGAUGUGGAAAGCUUGCUGAUCACCCCCUACCUGCCUGUCGUUGCCUUCGGCCGCCCCUUACCCAAACUGACCCCACAGAACUUCGAGCUGCCCUGGCUGGAUGAGCGCAGCCGCUGCCGGCUGGAGGUGCAGAAGAAGCAGACCCCCCACCGGACCUGCAGGAAGUAGCAGCGCAGCGGAGCCGGGAGCUCUACUCGUCCCCGCCGCCUGUGCUUUGAGCUGGGGUUUGUCUCCCAUUUGUGUUCCUCCCUCCUCGGCAGCCCUGCGUGCAGCAGUGGGGUGGGAGCCUCCUGUGGGUCCCAGCGGGUCUCAGUGUCCGUGGCAGGCAUGGACCGGGCCCUGCCUGUGCUCCCUGGAGAAGGGCUGCGGCGGCGCUGGCCCUGCUCUGGUGUUGGGUCAGGAAACAGCGCUGAGCAGUUGCCCGAGGCUGAAGCUUCCGUCAGCCACCGCCUUUGUGUUGUUCCUGUUGAGUGGCUGUAACGUGGUGGGAGGAGAGUUUUAAAAGGAAACGAAAACAAACUUUUUUUUCUUUUUUUUUUUUCCUUUUUUUUUUUUUUUUUUCUCGUGUGUGAAAUAGAAAUCCUCAACGCACAACGUUGGUUCUUUUUUAAUUUAAGCCUUCUGAGGGCGGCAGCGUGGCAGCGACCCGACCCCCCUCACACUGUGCCAGGAGGAGCCCCGUUCUGUGCCAGGCUGUUCCUACGGGCGCAGUGCUGGAGGGCGCUGCUCGCCGCUCCCCGCGGCUGAGCGGCAGGAAAUGGGGAACAAACGUUAAUUAAACGAAUCGCCCCACCCUGCCGUGCGCGUGCGGCCUGGGCCCGGCCCGGAGCCCGCCCCGUGUGCCUGGGUCGCUGUGUAAAUACCGCCGGUGCUGACUCAAUGCAGACAUUUUGUUUGUUUGUUUGUUCCGUUUUUGGUUGUUUUUUUUUCCUUUUUUUUUUUUUUUCAAUAAAAGCGGAAAAACAA